AUGGGAAGCGAGCGUGGUGGCCCAUUAGUGGGCUGCAACUCCUACAGAGGCCCAAGAAGACAGAGUCAGAAGUGUAGUGUGUUUUCCUUUGUUCCAACCUCCCCACUCUUAGAUUCCCAAAAAAAGCCAGGAGUGACGAAGGCAGUGGUAGUAACAGGCUUCAUUCCCAUCCUGCGGACGGCAGUGGACGCCACCACCACUUGCAAGUGCUGCUCCCUGUGGUUUGGCUUCCUGUGGAUCUGCGUGGUGAUCCUCUUCCUGGCUGAACUGCCCGUCACUAAACUGGACCCUGACUUCACCUGCAACGGCACAAGGGGAAACAUCUGCACCAGAGCCUGUUUUAAUAAGAUAUUUCACAAAGCUAUGAUGGUGGCCUGGAACUGGAUCUUUGUCCUGGUUAUAUUCUCUGUCCUGCGCAUAGAUCUCCACGGAGACAGAGGCACUGUUGGCUUCUACCUGCUCAUCACUCUGCAUAUUCUGGUUGAAUCUUGGUUUGUUUAUGUUCCGUUUUCUUGGAACCUGAAUAAUAGUCCAUACAAAUGUUUGACAGACAUCUGCUCUGAGUUACGCGUUUGUGUUGUGAGGGCCACCCCAGAGAAGUACAUGUCUAUUUAUGCUUUGGCUUCCAUUUUAGGCAUGAUUAUUGUUUGUUCCAACCUAUUUUGUAUGUACACCAUUGUUCGCUAUCUAAAUAUUGACAAAAUAUUCUGAUUUAGAUUCAGUACAUAUGAACUCAUAAUGACUGUCGGUGCAUGUGUUAAAAGCAUGAGCCAUAAUGCUUGGUUGCUUGCUCUUGUGUGAUAAUUUUUACUUUUGCACAUCAAGUUUGGUGCAAACAAACUAUUCACUUCUAACAUCUAUUAAAACAUAAUUACAUAAUCACAAUCAAUAGGACUAUAUUGACUGUUGUGUGGGAGCUUUACAUGUGUUAAAAGAUGUAUUUUGCGGACACCAAAGGGCCUGGGUGUGAGCUGUGUGAUGUGUUUCUGAGUCAUGUUUUUUCUAUGUGUUUUUGUCUGUGCAAAAACACACACACUGCCACAGGGAAGGUGUCAAAUAUAUAUAUAUACAUAUAUACA